UUUUUAAAGGAAAAAGAUCUCGGGAAACACCUUUCUACCUUCGAGUUCCACUUGGUGACCCGGGAACCAAAAUUGAAAAGGGGCGGACAUUGCAGCUUUUUCUUCCGGCUGCAGUUUAAUCUUUUUAGAUCUUACUGGCCGAUCCUAGGACCACCGCAUAGAGAAAAAUCCUUCAAGAACAAAGCGGGUGAAGUGAGUUUGCACGGCGCCUCUGCAAUGUAUGAGCUUGUAACGCGGUGUGUGGGUCUGCGGACUCUGUCAUUGCAGAUCAGAAGUCACAGGUACUACACCUCUAAUGCAUCAAAGAAAGCUGUCAUUGCAGCCAAACACCCCUUUGAGGCAGAGCUUCAGGCAGCGAAACUCUAUGCUUGGUGUGCUUGUGGGCAUAGCAAAAAGCAGCCUUUCUGCGAUGGGAGCCACAGGUCUAUCCCCUCAGCUCCCACUCCACAGAGGUUCAAACUGCAAGAGGCAAAGAAGGUGUGGUUGUGUGGCUGCAAACACUCCAAGAGUCCUCCGUACUGCGAUGGCACUCACAAAGAGAGCUGGAUUCAACAGGCUGAUCUGCGAACAAGCCCUCUUUAGAAACUCCUUAUCGCCCUGUGUCCCAAAAGGGUCACGCAAGCAAUUUACCCACACUGCAACAAAAAAAAAUCAUUUGCUGUAAUUCUUUUUCUUGGAAAGCAGUUAAGGGUCAGGAAUUUCUGGCUGCUGUCAGUUUAUGGGAGUCUGUGUUAAAUUUACCAGUUAUUCGGGGUGAUCAGGGAGAAAUGUCCAAAUGAGAUUUAAGGAUUUUCUGUAAAGAAAAUAACCAAGGCAAUUGAGAUUUUUGCUGUUAUGCUUUAAUGCUUACUUCUAGCUUGGUAACCAGCUUGUAAAAAUGUUUAAAAAGCACAGAACACUGCCUCCUGCAAGUUUGAAUUCUGUCUUGUAUUGAAAGUGUAGAUGACUAGUUUACAAAUGCAUAAUGGAACACAUUAAAAUUCUUUCAGCAAGGUUUACAGUUCAUGUGAAACACUGGAUACUGGAUCUUUGACAGAAUCCCAAGCUGCAUUUUCACUUUUGAUAGUUUGCAACUUCCUCGUAACUAUUUCUGCAGGAUCUCUGCUGGACCCCUGAGAGUCAUGCCCACAGGAGAUGAGGAAAGUCUUCCUAUCCUGCAAAUUUUCAGGGCCAAGAAAAGAGACGAAACGAUUAAUCUUCUGGAUGGCAAUUAUAUUCCCUCUCACCCAGUGUAUCCUCUUCAAUUGACCCACUCAAUUUCCAAGUAAUUGUUUUGUGUAAAGAAGUAAGGUGGGGACAAUAAGCCAACCUGCGAUUUACCGAUCACGCAGCCUUUGAGCCGUACAGCACGAAAACAGACCCUUCAGCCCAACAUGCCCACACCGAUUCUAUGCACCUGUCCAAAUGUCUUUUAAUAGAACGUAGAACAAUACAGUGCAGAACAGGCCCUUCGGCCCUCGACGUUGCGCCGACCUGUGAACUAAUCAUGUUGUAAUUGUACCCACCUCUACCAUUUCCUCUGGCAGCCCAGUAUAUGCAUCACCCUUGUGUGAAAAUGUUGCCUCUCAGAUCACUUCUAAAUCUUUUCCCUCUCACCUUAAACCUAUGUCUGAUAGUUUUGGACUCCCCAGCCCUUGGAAAAAGACUUCGGCUAAUCAUCUUAUCUACGCCUGUCAUGGCUUUGUAAACCUCUAUAAGGUCACCCAUCAGUCUCCGACACACCAGGGAAAGUAGCUCCAGCCUAUUCAGCAUUUGCCCAUAGCUCUAACCUUCCAGCCUCGGCAACGUCCUUGUGAUUCUGAUCUGCACCCUUUCAAACUUAACAACAUCCUUCCUAUAGCUGGACAACCAGAAUUGUGUGCAGUAUUCUAAAAGUGGCCUCACCAAUGUCUUGUACAGCUGCAACAACCACCCCAUAAUUGGAAAAUUACAAAAUUCAGAGCCCCAAUUUUAAGCUGACCUGCCACCCCAGUCCAGGAUUGGGCCCACAUUCUUUGGACAGUGUCACAGUCCGUUUGGAGAUGGUAUUUCUUGUCAUCAACACACUGCAUACCUUCAAACUAGCAAAUUAUAGUUAGGAUUAUCUCCCUGCAAGAUGAUACAAUGCCUUAUUUAAGAUCACUAUCUAAAAAAUGUGAGUAAUGAAACAAAUCAUUAUAUAUUUCCCAAGGGAUUUCCCUCAGCAAGAAGUACACCAAACCACCUAUUCAGUAAUAUAUGCAGAUGGUGGGUGGCCAAAGCUACCAGUGUCGACAGCUUAAUCCUUGCAAGAAACAGUUUUAAUAUUUCAGAGAUCUCUGCCUAAACCCAACCCAUUUUCAAAUCCUACCUAAAACACUAAUCUUUUCAAAUAGAAUAUUUACUAAAUUGCUAAUACAGUACUCCAGUGUGUCAUAAAGAACAGUGAGGGCAUUAAUUAACUCUUCAUGUGAUUUUUUGACUGCAGUGUUUAAGGUGUUCGAUUUAAGUUCCUGCCUGCAGGAUGCAAUACAUUUGUUAACCUUACUGCUGAUUAAUGAUCUACGGUUAGUGUACACAAAGUAUUGAAGGAAACUUUGAGAGCACUAAUUUUCUAUUUAUUUUCCCUUAAACAGUUGAUAUGAGGAAAGAAAUAACUUGCAUUUAUGUCAUGACUUUACAAAUGUUAGUAAAUCCCAAAACACUUCCCAACCAAUCAAGUAUUUUUGAAGUGCCUUUGCUGUUGUCAUGUGGCAGAACACAGCAAGAGAGACAGCACUUCAAAAGCACUUUACUUGCAUUAACAACUCUUGCGAAACAGUCAAUGAAGUGCUUUUGAAUUGUGGUACAAAUAUUUGUUAGUAUUUUGUUACCUUUACUACAUUAUAAAAUAGCCCAAAAAUAGUUUUGAAUUGUACGAAUGCUUGUUACUGCAUCAUGAUCAAUGGAACUAAGGCCAUGAGUCACUGAGAUGGCCGUGUUCUACCAAGACGUUGUGCUCUGACUGCUCAGCACUGAGGACCUGAUUCAUGAAACAGUGUUCCCUGGCCCAAUGGAGCUGCUUGCAUUUACUAAUGCUAUUAUGGAGUCCAGUUUAUCAAUUAAACUCAGCAUUGUACUGUGAAACCAAAAGGCAUGAAAAUGUUUAGGAAGCGACUGGAUGCUUUGAAGGGAUUGACUGUGAGUCCUUUCAGCAUUCAUGAGUUAUGGGCUGAAUGGCCUUUCUCAUAUAAGUCUUUCCUGUGAAUAGCUGAUUGCUAAAGUAAGAUUUAAAAACAAACCUGCCUUUGCAUAUUAUGUUACAAUGUGCUGAUCUCCCUCAGUAGGCAAUUUCUGAAUCAAAAAAUUUGUAAAUUCAAGCCCCGUGCCAGAGAACUGGUACGCCCAGUGUAUCAUGUAGAGAGUGCAAUACUAUCAGAGGGACCAUCUUUCAGACAAGAUGUUAAACAAAAUUACACCUGAACUUUCUCAGGUAGAUGUAAAGAAUCCCAUGGGGAUACUUUGAAGAAAAGCAAGAAAUUCACCCCAGUGUUCUGAUCAAUAUGAAAUGCCACAAUGAGCACCAGUAGAAAAGUUUGUCUGAUUAUCAACACACUGGUCAUUUUGGAAGUAUGCUGUGUGAAAAUUGGAUGCCAUGCCUCCUGCAUUACAACAGUGAUGACAUUCCAAACUACUUUGCUGUAUUGAGCACGACACUAUAUAGAUGCAAGUCUUUUUUCUUAUACUUUGUCUUCCCAAUGAAUAAGACUUAGCUGCAGGAAAUGAGAUCUACAAGCAUGUUUCAACAAACGUGUGUGUCAUCUGUUAGUGGUGAUGAACAAGAAGUGUGGUUCAGUUUCCCCUCUAUACACUGGAACUCUUAGGCCGUUAGGUUAGCCACUCUUACAACCAGUGCUUGCUACAACGAGAGGUGAAGACAUGGGACCUUUCUUCUCUAUCUAUGUUGCACAACAAGUUAUUUGCACAGUCACCAGGCUACUGACUUUCACUGCCACUGACACUGACAUUUCCUGUAAGCUCUUGAGCCGGACACUAUCCAUAUGGCAGGGUAAUCUGUUUUAGUUUCAUACAAUUUAUCUUAUGUUACUGUAAGAAGUUUUGUGACAUGAUAAGCAUUUGUCUGAUGUGAACUGAAUCCAUCCAGCCUAAACCAAGGUCCAUAAAUCUCAAAGUAAUUUUGUUGAUGUUGUGAAUGUGUUUACUUGAAAAUAAUAAACGUAUAACACAAUCUGUGU